GAUUUUCGCCAUCGCAUUUUGUCGAAAAUACCGUUUCAUCUUCUCCGUCUCACUAAAUCUCGUUCCACCCCGGCGGCGGAUUUGACAUGCUCUGCGCUCAACUUUUUCUUCGUCACACGAGCUCUGACUUUGCAAGUUUUUCUUGUGCAAAAAAAACUGAAAAUUCGCCGGUUUCUUUUCGUAAUCUCGUCACGACUUGGUCACCUCGUCGACAUCGUCAGCCUCCUGAUUUAUUGUGAUCUGUUUCGUCAACGACCGUGGUGGUAUUUGGUUUAUCCAGCGAAUCCUAAAGUUUGACCUUUGUCUCGUGGAUUUCGUCAUCAUCUUUUCCUGGUCACACCCCUUCUCGUCUCGAUUCGUCAUGGGUGGCGUAUCGUCCCGCGAGGAAGAAAUGAUUGACCGGAUGUGGGGUCGUCCAACGCGAUCGCGUUCUCCAUCCCCCGGUCCGAGUGGAGACUCUUCAUCAUCUUUAACCAAAAAAUCUCCCUCCUCCAAUCAAGAAGAUGACAGCAUCGUUCAUGAGACUGACGCCGAAUUAGGCGACGAAGAGGAAGGCGUUGAACUCGAACCGUUCAACCCGGAUGACUACGACGCCAAAAAGUACGGGCCCAUCUUACCCAACGGCGAGAUCAAUUGGGAGUGUCCGUGCCUUGGGGGAGCAGCCCAUGGACCGUGCGCUACAGAAUUUCGUGCCGCUUUUUCAUGCUUUCACUAUAGUAAAGAUGAGCCGAAAGGAUCAGAAUGCUUCCCCUCUUUUAAAGAUAUGCACAUUUGCUUCUCCAAAUAUCCUGAGCUGUAUAAAUCUCCCGAUGAUGAUGGCGACGGAGACGAACUUGGCGAGGAUGACGAAGACGACAUCGAUGCAGAAGAAGGUGCCGAGGAUGGGAUUCAAUUUGAUGAAGAGGAACUCAAAGUAUUCGGCGAAGAGGAGGAAAGAAAACAUAGCAAAGACAAGAAUCAGAAGGAAGAAGAAAAAUCACCAGCGCCGCCACCACCACAGAAGAAAACGUCGUCACCAUCUCCGUCGCCAGAACACAAACCACUGAUACCUCCUGCGCCAGGAAGGCCUGCCAUGAUUUGAAUUCAUCGGCUUGAAAAAAUUUAUUUGCUUGAAAAGUUGUCAAUUUUAUUGUUUAAUUUUGUGAAAGAAAUAUUUAAGAGAGAUGAAUGAAUACUUAAUUAGUUCAUAAGUAGAGAGAAAGUAAACGGGCCAAUAAGUCAGGUCAUAGGUCAACCAGUAGAGUCAGGUUAAUUAAUGAUAUGAGCUCCUCAUGGUACUAAUUUAUCAAAACUUUGUUGUUGUUGAAUUUGAUUGAUAAAGAAAGAUGGUAAAAAAAUAA